UCCCUGAAUUUUCAAACCCUAUAUAAAAGAAGGAAGAAGCCAUUAACACCGAAUCUCUUUAAUGGCUUCCUCCUCAAAAACCACCAUGGCUUGUACAGACCCAACCACGACCUUCGUCCAAGCUGACCCUUCCACUUUCCGCACCAUCGUCCAGCACCUCACCGGCGCCACCACCAAGAAGCCCGUUUUCAAGCUCCACGAACGUCGACAAGCCCUCAACAAGCUCGAAAUCAACCUCAGUAAUGGAAAAAACGAUUCCCUGUCUGCUGGAAAAAGAGGGUCAUUGGUUUCGCCCGUUUCGACGUUGGAUUUCUUUCCCCUCCUCAGCCCACCGUCGAACGCCAAGCGAACGAGGUUCACAGUUGAAGAAGAAGAAGAGGAAAAGGGUACUGGGUUUUAUUUGCAUCAUCAAAGUAGAGGUGAACCUGAGUUGUUGCAUUUGUUUCCUUUACAUGCUCCCAGGGAAAACAUCCAGUGAUGAUGAUUUGUUUUUGUUUCAUCUUCUUAUCAACUAUUUGUUCACUGGCAUUGAUUAGUUUUUUUUAGGAAUAUUAACAAAAAUAACCUCAAAUAUGUAUUAAAAUAAUUAUUUUAGUUCA